UCUCCAAACAAUCCCUCUCAACACUCAUCCAUUUCCAUUAAUUAUCAUUCCCCGACUUAAUUAAACAACCCUCAAACAAGGCUUUAUUACAAGAAAUAUAUUGAAGAGAGAGACCAAUCAUGGAUCCCACAAGGCGCAUUUAUGUAAAUUUUGAGCCCUCUUCUGAAAUUGUUCAAGGAAAAGACGAAGACACAGUUCUUGUAACUGUGCCAGAUUUUAGGAGGGAGCAGCUGAAAGUCCAACUCAAUAGCGAGGGCAACCUGCGGAUCGUCGGUGAGCGGCCACUGGACGGCAACCGGUGGAGCCGCUUCUCGAAGGACAUCCGCCUCUCGCCAAACUACGACCUCGACCGUGUCCGGGCCAAGUUCGAGAACGGAACAUUGUAUAUAUCACUCCCGAAAAGAAUCCCUCCUGCAGCCAAAACGGCCGACGCUCCGCCGCCGCCGCCGCCGCCGCUGCCGCUGCCACGACCGCCGCAGCUCGAACGUAAGAAAUCUGAGGCCACGGAGCCGAAGCCGACCCCCCCGACGCCGGAGCCCCCACGUGAGAAGCAAGCGAAGGGAGAAGAGACGCAGCGCAUGCCGACGCUUAAAGAGAGAAUGCAAGAAGAGAGAGGCCCCGCGCGGGGGAAAGAGAAGGAGGAGGAGGAGGCAUUGGCAGCGACAGCGGCAGCGGCGGCCGGAGCGGCGGCAGCAGUGGCAGCGGUGGCGGCAGCGAAGAAGGAGGGCACAGAAAAGGUCGGCGGAAAAGCGGUGGAAGGGGAGGAGGAGGCGGCGGCGUUGGCGGCGGCAGUGGCGGCAGCGGUGGCGGCGGCAGCAGCAGCGGAGAAGAAGGAAAGCGUAGGCGGAAAAGCGGCGGAGGAGAAAUCGGGUGGCGGCGGCGGAGAGGAGGAGGCAGCAGCGGCAGCGGCAGCGGCUGCAGCGGCUGCGGAGGCGGCAGCGGCAGCGGCAGCCGCUGCAGCGGCUGCGGAGGCGGCAGCGGCGAAGAAGAAAAGGGAGGAGGGGGGAUUAAUGAUGGGGCUGGGGAGGCCGAGGAGGAGGAUGCUGAUGUUGAACGUGGCCAUGGCCGUGGUUGUGUUGGUUGGGUUGGGGAUCUACGUGAUUUUCAAACUGAGAAAGCCCGGUUCUGAUGAACAGAGCGAAUAAACUAGUUACGAUUUGCGCCUACUGGAAUUACUAUAUUGCGUGCUUCGUCGAUUGUGUAUAUUUGCAGAUAGAUGAAAAAUAAAAUGCGGAGGUGAUGCUGGGGCUUUUAAUUAA